CCUCCCCGCCCCGCCUCCAAGCGAAGGAGGAGGAGGUGGGCUCGCCCAGCUCGAGGGGGGGAGGAGGAGGAGGAGGAGGUGGGCCCGCCCGGCCACGCGAUCUCCCUGCGCCGGCCUAGCCUGGCCUGCUCGGCGGAGGCCUGCGGGUUUGUUAUUAUCGCCGCGCCAAGGCUCCGAGGAGGCGGAGGUGUUGAGGCUUGGGGUAUCCUGGCUCGGCGGCCUUGCAAGAGGUGGAGGGCUUCAGACGGUGCCCUGUUCACCACCCGCCACUGCGUUUCGUGGGCGAUGGCGUCCCUGCCCGCCUUCCAGCUGUCCUGACUCCUUGUUUGCUGCCAACCAUGGGGUUGAAAGCCAAGCCCCAGCCCCCGGUGGAGGAGACUCCUGUCAGGGUGGUUGUGCGCAUUCGGCCUCUGCUGCCCAAGGAGCGGCUGCACGGGCAUCAGACCUGCCUGCGAGGUGACCCGGAAGCGAAGGAGGUGAUCUUGGGUCGCAACCGCUCUUUCCGCUUUGACACCAUCUUCACGGAAUCCUCCGACCAAGAGUCUGUCUACGAUGUCUGUGUGCAGCCGCUGGUGGAGGCCUUCUUUGACGGCUUCAAUGCUACUGUCUUUGCUUAUGGCCAGACAGGCUCAGGAAAGACCUACACGAUUGGAGAAGCAAGUGUCUCUUCCAUCCACGAGGAUGAGCAGGGCAUAAUCCCACGUGCCAUGGCCGAGGCCUUCAAGCUCAUGGACGAGAAGGAUUUGCUGGACUACACGGUCCGCAUCUCUUACCUGGAAGUGUAUAAGGAGGAGUUCCGGGACCUGCUGCAGGUGGAGACGGCGAGCAAGGACAUCCAAAUCCGGGAAGAUGAGAAGGGGAAUAUUGUGCUGUAUGGAGUGAAGGAGAUGGAAGUGGAGGGCCUGGACGAGGUCCUGAGCCUGCUCGAAAUGGGCAACAUGGCCAAGCACACAGGGGCCACCCAUAUCAACAGGAAGUCCAGCCGCUCGCAUACCAUCUUCACCGUGACCAUGGAGCAGCGGCGCAGUGCCGGGCACCUCCUUGGCCUCGGCGCUCAAGAUAGGGCCUCGGUCCCGGCCUCCGGCCAAGUCCUGACCUCCAAGUUCCACUUUGUGGACCUAGCGGGCUCCGAGCGGGUGGUGAAGACGGGAAACACGGGGGAGAGGCUCAAGGAGAGCAUCCAGAUCAACAGCGGCCUGCUGGCGCUGGGCAACGUCAUCAGCGCCUUGGGAGACCCUCGCCGGAAGGGCAGUCACAUUCCGUACCGGGAUUCUAAAAUUACGCGGAUCUUGAGAGAUUCCCUGGGCGGGAAUGCCCAGACCGUGAUGAUCGCCUGCGUCAGCCCUUCCUCUUCCGACUUUGACGAGAGCUUGACCACGCUGAACUACGCCAGCCGCGCACAGAACAUCAAGAACAGGGCGGUGGUCAACUGCUGCAAGGAGGUGGAGCGAGUGGAGGAGCUGCAGCUGCAGAUCAGGAGCCUGCAGAGGGCGCUAGAGCAGCGGCACCGCUCGGAGACCCGCAUCAUCAACCGCGGCGAUGCCGCCGCUUCCAAGCAGCAGGCUCAGGACCACGCCGCCCGCUUACUCGCCGAGUGCGCGCACUACAGGAUGUGCACGGAUGCCGCCUACCAGCUGCUGAUGGAACUGCAGGGGGAAGGCAACUUGGCCGUGGACCAGAUCCUGCGGGUGAAGGAGUGGCUGUGCACUGUGGAGAGCGCGAGGAGCGAGCUGAGCUCGGCCUCUGACUUAGACAGCGGCAUUGAGAGCACUUUGGCGGAGGAGCGGAACCACGAGGCGUCCAGUUCCAAGCUGCCCAAGUCUCAGGAGGGCUGCGCGAAAGGAUCUGAGGCAACCAGAGAAGAACACGUGGCGAGGCUGGAGAGGCAAGUGGAGCGUCUGGAGGAGGAGAACCAGGAUUUCCUGGCUGCCCUAGAGGACGCCAUGGAGCAGUACAAACUGCAGAGUGACAGGCUGCAGGAGCAACAGGAACUCAUCGCUGAACUGCACAGAUGCCUGCAGAUGGAGUUGCCAAGCUUGGAUGUGCCUGAGCUGCUGCAAAAUGUCUACCUCGUGCAGCUUGGCCAGAGGCCUCACACCGCCCCCGUGGACGCUGCCCAGCCCCACCGCUGGCUCCGGCUUGCCCUCUCGGGCCACAACAAGCUCUGUGGUGCCCCAGCUCACAACCAAAAAGACUUGGAGUGCCGCCAAAGCCACACACAGAGACUGGCCUGCAGUGUGGAGGCUAAUGCUGUGGCGACAGCACAUGAGCUUGACCAGGAUCCAGGGCAGCCAGUUGAGCCAUCUGUGGAGGAAGAGGAGGAGGAGGAAGGAGAGUGUACACAGUUGCGGUCCCUUUACUGGCGCAGAAAUGGGAUCCACCACUGGAGCAAGGAGGAGGCGUCCAGCAAGGGGAGCAGAGAACGGGGGGAAAGCAGUGCAGCAUCGAUCCACGAAGAGCCUGCGGAACUUUGCAAAGCGGAAUUCAGGAGGCCAGAGGUGGUCCGUUUCGGGGAUGGUUCUUCCGGGAAGGAUUCCGAGUGGCGGCUGGUUCAAGCCCAGCAGAAGAUCCGUGAGCUGGCCAUCAACAUCCGCAUGAAGGAGGACUUGAUUGUGGAGCUGAUCAAGACAGGCAAGCAUGCCCAGACCAUGAACAAGCAGUACUGCCAGAAGAUCUGCGACCUGGAACAGGAAGCCGAGCAGGUGCGCGUGGAGCUGCGGGAGGGUCAGAGGGAGCUGCAGGAGCUGGAGGGCAAGGAGCCCCGAGACCCUGGGGAGAAGCGGAAGCUGCAGGAGUAUCGCAGCAAGGUGGCCGCUGCUCAGAGCAAAGCGAAGGCCCUGCAAGAGAAGAAGCAAGCGACAGAGAAGCUGGCCUCGCUCUCCACCCAAAACGAAAAUCGCUUGCAGGAGCUGGAGAGGAACGUGCAGCUGAUGCGGCGGCGGCAGGGGCAGCUCCAGCGGCGGCUGGAGGAGGAAGUGACGCAGAAGCGGCGCCUGGAGACGGAGAUGCACAAAGGGCAGCAUCGAGUCAAGGAACUGGAGCGGAAGCACGAGCAGCAUCAGAAGAUCCUGCGCAUCAAGACAGAGGAGAUCGCAGCGUUCCAGAGAAAGCGCCGGAGCGGUAGCAACGGCUCCGUGAUCAGCCUGGAGCAGCAGCAGAAAAUCGAAGAGCAGAAGAAAUGGUUGGACCUAGAGAUGGAUAAAGUGCUUGAGCAGCGCCGGGCUUUGGAUGAGCUGGAAGACGAGCUGACAAAGCGGGAAGCCAUUGUGGCCAAGAAGGAAGCCCUCCUCCAGGAGAAGAACGGCCUUGAAAAUAAGAGACUUCGCUCCAGCCGGGCGCUGAAUGAUGACAUCAUGCGAGUGUCCAGCCGGCUGGAGUACCUGGAAAAGGAGCUGACGCAGAAGAACGGGCAGCUGUGUCUCAGCAGCGCCCACGACCAGCAGCAGAUCCGGCAAGAAAUCGACAAUUUGAGGCAGGAGAAGGACCAGCUGCUCAAGCAGAGGCUGGAGAUUGACAACAAGCUCCGCCUGGGAAACUUGCUCUCGCCAGAGGAAGAACGGAUUCUUUUCCAGCUGGACGAGGCCAUCGAGGCUCUGGAUGCUGCCAUCGAGUACAAAAACGAGUCCAUCACUUGCCGGCAGCGGGUCUUGCGGUCCUCCGCCAGCCUCCUGUCCCAGUGCGAGAUGAACCUCAUGGCCAAGCUCAGCUACCUCUCUUCUUCAGAGACCCGGGCGCUGCUUUGCAAAUACUUCGAUAAGGUGGUGACCCUGCGGGAGGACCAGCACAGGCAGCACAUCGCCUUCUCGGAACUGGAGAUGCAGCUGGAGGAGCAGCAGCAGCUGGUCUUCUGGCUGGAGGUGGCCCUGCAGCGCCAGCACUUGGAGAUGGACCGCCAGCUCACCCUGCAGCAGAAGGAGCACGAGCAGAGCAUCCAGCUGCUGCUCCAGCAGAGCCGGGAACACCUGGAAGAGGGGCAGGCCAGCAGCAGGCUGCAGUACCAAGGAAGGAUCCAGGCCCUGGAGAAGGAGCUGGCUCAUUGCAUGUGGGCCAACCACGAGCUGAGCCAGAAGCUGAGUGUGAGCCACAGGGGGGGACAAGGAAGAGGUAUGGAAGGAAUUCCACACACAGCUGGGGACAGACCUGCUUCGCUUAAGGUGCAUGAGAACUUUAGCAUUAAUGGCAUAUCGGAACCGCCUUUGCAGACUGAGGCUUCUGAAAGAAUCCACCGAAAUGGAGAGGAAGCAAAGGACUUGGUGCAUGCACCUUUGCCAGCCACCUGGAGGCGCUCUUCCGUGUCCAGCGCCAACACAGUGGUGCCAGAAGACCCUCGCCAGAAGGAAGCGGACUUCCUGCUCAGAACGGGCCAGGCCAAGGAAGCUUCUGCCCCGCUGAGCCUGGUUCCUCUUCUGAAACCCCGCAAGGAGUUAUACAAAGGAGUUCCACACAUCUCUCCUGGGCUGUCAUACCCAGAAAUAAUUGACGUCAGGAGACAUCCACUCUAGGCAACGGAGACUGACUGCUGUUCUUGCUCAAAGCUGGUAGAGUAGAGGGUGUUGACACAACAUAGACACUCUGCUCUACCGGCUUCAUGAACCCUCUGCCAAUCUGAUAGAGCUGUUUUGUUGAGAGUGCUGAAGGUGCAAGUGUGUUCCUAAGGGCUACAAUCAGAUCAUGCAGAAGGCCUGUCUAGGUUUCUUUUUUCCUGGUACAACUGCCUCUUGAGUUAUAGGGGAGAAUACAAGCAGAAAAGCUUGUGCCUUCUCUGUUACAGCAGCCUUAUGUUUAUAGUUCUGGUACCUCCCAAAGGGAAGACCACUACCUCUGGCAAAAGACCUGCCUCUGUGGGGAUGUUUCCUGUAAGCAAUGCUUGCAAAAACUGUAAAUAUUUAAUUUUUUUACACUAAUUUUCAUUAAAGCGGAGCAACAUUUUUUGCAAGCCAGA